AGUUUUAUAGAAAAUAAUCCCCAUCAGAUUCGUCAGAUCUUCGCUUCUCAGUACUAGGGAGAGAAGAUGAUAAAUCUUAUCCUUCUGUUAUCCCUUGUAUCCAGCGUUACUUCACAGUUGUGCUAUCCAUUUGUGCAGCAAGACUGUCCUUUAGGACAACGUUGUGAACAAGGAAUAUGUCAGCGUGAUAUGUGCUACACGGAUCUAGAUUGUCCUAUUUAUCCUUCAGAGCGUUGUGAAAAUGGAAGAUGUGUUCCAGAAACUCUUGAAUGUGGGGGGAGUUGCAUGUAUUUUCCAGGAAGCAUUUGCGAAAAUGGUCAAUGUGUAUGGCCACCUUCAGCAAGAUGUGAUGGAGGAGGUAACCUCCCUUGUUCUUCUGGGUACGUCUGUAGAAACGGGAUUUGCAGAAGAGAUUCUAUUCCAUGCAGAUCUAGGGAUUGCAGAAAUUACCCAGGAAGCAUUUGCGAAAAUGGUCGAUGUGUGUGGCCACCUUCAGCACUAUGUUAUGGAAGAGAUUACCUCCCUUGUUCUUCUGGGUACGUCUGUACAAACGGAUUUUGCGAAAGAGAUCGAGAAUGCACAUCUGAUUCGGAUUGCCCAGAUUCCCAUAGGGCAGAGUGCGUAAAUGGAAAAUGUCAACUAUUUACAAGUAUGUCAUAA